AUGCCACUGAUGUCCUCGCCCGCGACGCCCACGGCCGAGCCCAUGGGAUCAUCUGUAAGUCUCCGGGCUUCAACUUCAAUGGCUGCCAACACCUCGAUGGGAAGUGCCCACCAUGGGAAUCCCGUCGCUUCAGCAGCUACAGGGGGUUCCAUGGCGAAGUAUGCUAAGAUCCAACCAGCCAUCGCCAUCAAACCGAAGCCCUCGGUACAAGUUCCUGUUCAGAAAUCCACGUUCAAUCCUAGGUACGACCCGCUGUCUUCCACGUCGACACUCCUAAACGAUGAGGCACUCGGAAACAUCAAUACACUGCGCAAGUGGGUGUUACCGCCACGUCCCCGUCCCGGUCGAAAACCAACGACUGCAGCAGCAUCUCCGGCUCCUGUUGUUGCUGAUAAGUCGCUUUACAAGAAAAAGCUUAAGAUGCUGAAACGGGAGGAUCCUAAGGCAUCUGUCCCUGCAACUCCCGUGGCUGGACCCGGUGCUGGAACGCCAAGCUCCUCGUCAAGUGGUGCUUCUCCAGGUGCCAUUGGAAUUGGACUCUCUCCAGCUUCUCGAAUUGGAGGCUCACUGCCAAAACUGCUCCUCAAAGGUAAUAAUCUCGCCCUGAGCUCGUCAAGCGGCACUCGUCCUAGCAUAUUUACCUCUGGUACAUCUUUUGAUGCUCCUGGUGCAUCAGGGAUCCCUACCACUGCAUCUGGUGCAUCCUCUGCAACAAUAGGGCCAGCCUCAAUUUCUGGCUCUUUUACAUCCACAGAGUCUGCCGCAAAGAUCUCAUACGCACGAGAUGCCUCGGAUUCUUCCGUUCGGCCCUUGCAGCCAGCGCAGAAACAGGUUUCAGACCUCCAGUCCAUGUACCUUGCGCGUCUUAAGGAACAAGAGCUAAUACGUAACUACAUUGAGGUGCUUACCAACCAAAUUAAAGAGCUCAAAUUUGUCCAAAGUGGCGUCAUUACAUUUGAUGCGCUCAAUUCAGAUGGAUCCAACAAACCGAAAUUGACACUGCCUCAACCUUCGGAGCAGCUCGAUACGAUCAAUAAUGUCAAUGACUUGGACAAGUUCCUCGCUCAUUUAACGACGCAAUCCAAUGUCAUUCACUCAGUGACUAAGAAGUUCUUGGGCAAUUCGCUGAACCAAGAAUCUCAUUUGCAGCUGCAGAUUGGUUACUAUUUGGACCUUCGAGCCAGAAGCAAUAGCCCCACAGCCAACCCGAAAUUUGAAGGGUCCAAGCAACCGCUUGCUCUGCCUGCAUUCCCAAAGAGCAUAUCGUCUUUCACGCCUAGUUUGCUUCGUCCAUUGAAAAUGAAUCUUUUCGAUGCUGAGGAAGAAGUUAUUGAUGUUGAUAUUCUUAACGAGGGUGACUCGUUACUUCCCACUUCCGGAUUUUCAGACCGUCUCAAGCUUGAAGAGGCACAAUUAGGAGGUUCCGAUCCUGAUUAUUUAAAUUUAAGUGGCUCUCCAGAACAAAAGGUUGCACAAGUUCCGCAAAAGAAGUUCAAAAAGAUAGGAUGUGGGUUCUGCAACAACGAAACUCCUUGUGUUUGUUUUGACGCUGACAACAUCUUCGGAGAGCCAAAAUAG